AUGGCGUCGAUUCUCCGGCAGAUUGUUGCUGGGCCCAGAUUGAAACAUCCAGAGGCGAAUCUCGAUCUCUGUUACGUUACAGACAAUGUUGUCGCAACGUCCGGACCUUCGUCGACCUACCCGCAACGAGCUUACAGGAACCCUCUCGAUGAAUUGGUGAACUUCUUGGACACAAAGCAUGGCGAGGAUUGGUGCAUAUGGGAGUUUCGUGCUGAGGGUACUGGCUACCCCGAUGAGGAGGUCUACGGACGGAUCCAUCAUUUUCCCUUUCCUGACCACCAUCCGCCGCCAUUUGCCCUCAUUCCGGCAAUUAUGGGAAGCAUGAAGAACUGGAUUCAACGAUUAGAUGAUACAGGCCAAGAGAAGUCACCCGAUAAAGAGAAUAAAGGGAAGAGAGUUGCCGUUGUUCACUGCAAGGCUGGUAAAGGGCGAAGUGGGACAAUCGUUUGCAGUUAUCUAAUCAGCCAAGAAGGGUGGAAAUUAGAAGAUGCCUUGCAGCGAUUUACGGAACGAAGGAUGCGAUCUGGAUUUGGCCACGGCGUUAGUAUCCAAAGCCAGCUGCGCUGGGUGGGGUACGUUGAUCGUUGGGCGAACCAGAUGGCCAAGGUAUACAUUGAACGACCGGUGGAGAUACUGGAAAUACAUGUUUGGGGCCUGCGAGAUGGCGUCAAGGUUGCAGUGGAAGGAUUUGUCGAGGAGGGCAAAAGGAUCAAGAACUUACAUCUGUUUCAUCGCAGUGAACGUACGGUCAUCGACAAUGGGAUGACGACACUUCCCGAGAGUGAUGAUAGAAAGGCUAAAAGUGGCACCAACAGUCACAAUGAGCCUUUGUGGACUUCAACAGAUGCAUCUACUGGAUCUAACCUCAUUACCCCUAUUACUUCCUCGGAUAAGUUAAGCACUUCUACAAAAACCCUACGAGCAGCCAUCUUCCGACCUAGUAAGCCGGUUAUCGUGCCUACCAGCGAUGUAAACAUUGACUUUGAACGACGGAGCAAGGCGCCAUACACGGGCUGGGCAAUGGUUACUUCGAUAGCACACAUCUGGUUCAACACUUUCUUCGAGGGAGGUGACAAACUUGACUCGGGAGUCUUUGACGCAGAGUGGGAUGUUAUGGAUGGAAUUAAAGGCACUACCAAGAAAGGAACUAAGGCGCUUGACCGAUUGAAAGUCGUUUGGCGUUAUCCAACCCCUUCCCAACUUGGAGCACCAGAAUCGAACGAGGAAAGCGCAGCCCCCAUUCCUGGCCAAACGAUUACCGAGCCCGAACCGGGUGAGCCUAUCCCUGAAAGUCAUCCGGCCGAUUGGCACGGCCUAAAGAUACAGUACGACGGCGUGGGAGUCUCACGGGACCAGGAGAAUACCCCAUUACAAGUUUCGAAAUCGCAAGAGAAUCAAUCGGAGGACAUGAAGUCCCAAGCGAGUAAUUCUACCCAGACUGGUAUCAGCACAACGGCCGCCAGUGCGGCAGCAACCGCUGUCCAUUCGACACAGGAGCUGAGGGAGGAAUUAGGGCCAAGGAAGCAGACGACUGAGAGUCAACACGUCAGUCUUGCAGAAAGCGAUGAUAACUCGCCAGUCCUAGGUCGCCGGAAAUGCAAGGCAGCCGAAAAGAAGGAAGGGCUGUCGACACAACACCUGCAAGAAAUGGAAGAAGACGGAGAUUUCGAAGGCACCCAGCCCUAUUUUGAAAUUGGCAACUGUCAGGAUGGAUCUUCCCGUGUUGGAGACGAGUCCACAAAGAACAAAUAA